GUGCGCGUACUGACAGUGGAGUUGGCAUCCCUGCAUCAUGGUGAAGACAAAGGCAUCCGGGAGGAAGAGCUCUCACUCCGUUCGCCAAGAGAUUUAAUUGGCCGUCGCUCGAGUUAUUUUGCUGUAUCCAUGGCGCUUCAGUAAAGAGUCCAGGUGGCCCACUUUGCGGCGUGCUGAUGUUCAGCGAAGCGCCCGAGUGUGGGAGUCAUUUAUCCCCUUUCAAGGGCAGUGCAGGGACUCGCGGAGUGGGGGAGACGGACGAGGGCGAGCGAGAGAAGAUGAGGAUAAAUCGGUGGGUGGAAGUGGAGCCAGCGACAGAGGAAAGUCCAGACCGUCCAAACAUCCAACUCUCCCCGCCGUCGAACUGCUCAUCAGACCACCUCUGCUCUCCCGCUCCCACCGACGGGGCGGCUAAAAAUCCCCAAGAAGCACCGCCGGACGCCCAGGCAAAGGGCGACUGCUCUGCCCAAGCCAAGCCCCUGUGGCGGCCAAUCCCCCCUCUGCUGCCAGAGCCUGACACGGGGGCCGCACCCGACUCCCAGGACCAGAGCUGCCAGACAGAGGAGUGGCUGCACCAGACCUCCAGUAGCACUCAUAACGCGGGUCACUGUGUGGAGCCCGGAGACCCUCCUGUGCUCCAGCAGCCCCUGCACACCUCCAAAUCUGGAAUUCACCAGAUCAUUGAAUGCUUUCGUUCAGGCACCAGCCAGCUGAGGCACAUGCUGCUGAGGGAGGUGGACACCAUCUUUGAGUGUAAGGUGUGUCGAAGUCUCUUCCGAGGCUUGCCCAACCUCAUCACGCACAAGGAGUACUACUGCCUGUCACGGCUGCCCGAGUACGACGGUGAGCCAGGCGAUGACCGACAGAGCAUCGCCCUUCAGGAUUUGACGGACAUCAUCUAUCACAGAGGGGAGCGACCGGACUACGUGAUGCGACUGGAGCCCAUCCAGACCACCAGCAAGGCCGUGUACCAGUACCUUACCACAGAGGAUGAGAUGGCUCGGUAUCCGUCACGUGCGCCCAGCGCCAGGGAUAGUCCGGUCGCCUGGGACGGAGAGACGGGGGAGGCUGAAAACAACCAGGCGGGCCAGCCGCGAGGUCCAGAGAGUCCAGCGCACAGCCAGCAUAGCCAGGGCCGGAAGAAAUGGGACGCAGAUGAGGUGGAGGGAAAAGAAGAGGCAGCGGAGCCUGAGGACGAGGAAUCCACUAGUGGGGUGGAGGAUGUGUCGAUUUCGUGCUGUCUGUGCGGACAGGACUUCAACUCGCGCCGCAGCAUCCGACGACACUGCCGUAAAAUGCACCAGACCAAGCUGGAGGAGCUCCGCAAGUUCACAGAGACGCGGACGGUCCCGACCAGCCUGCUCUCCAUGGUCAAAGGUCGGCCACAGUCCAUAAACACACCACCCGGAAAGUCGUGCCCGGUGUGCCACAAAGUGUUUGCCACCAAAACCAACGUGCGCCGCCACUUCGACGAGGUGCACCGCGGCCUGCGGCGGGACGCCAUCACCCCCGCCAUCGCCUCCAGGCCCGGCCAGCCUCUGUCUCUUGAGGCCACCCCCACCAGGAAGGGAAACAGCGCCUCGCCGCCGCGCGGUAGCGGCUCCAAGUCCGCCCCCGUCAACAUCAGAGCGGCCCUCUCGAACAAGAACCGGCCGAAGCCUCCAAAGCAAACUCCGGCCUCCCCGCAGGGGACGACCCAGGUGCCGAGCCGUUGCACGCUUUGCAAGAGGAACUACAGCUCGCAGCUCAUGUUGAAGAGGCACAUGCGCAUCGUCCACAAGAUUUACAGCGUCAAAAGCAAUCGAUCGAUGACCACGUUAACCUCCGAGCAAACAACACCGGCGACCACCAACAGCACCAACAGAGCUCCACCGAGUAACAGCGUCCAAGUCAAAGAGGAAGCGGCUGAAGCCUCAGAGGAUGAGCAAGACGAAGAUGAGGUCACGGACCAAAGUCCGCCCGCAUCUCCCGCUCACAGCAUCGGGUCGGCGAAAAGUGCCUCCGUUGCCCCCAGCGCCCCGAAGGUAAAGGAAGAGGAGACCCCGUGGAGCUCAAGGGCGGCAGUCGGCGCGUCCGCUGUGGGUCAGGCGGCGAAAACCAAACUGUCGGUGGGCUUUGACUUCAAGCAGCUCUUCUGCAAGCUCUGCAAACGCCAGUUUAGCUCGCGUCAGAACCUGUCCAAGCACAUUGAGCUGCACAUGGACGGCAACGACAUCUUCAUCAAGUUCUACCGCUGCCCGCUCUGCCGCUACGAGUCGCGCCGCAAGCGGGACGUCCUGCGCCACGUCACGGUGGUGCACAAGAAGUCGUCGCCCUACCUGGCCAAGAUUAUGCCCAAACUGGAAAGCCGGGCGGUGAAGAGGCUCGCUGAGUCAGUCCUCAACAACGCCAACCCCAAAAGAACGGGCGCCGGCAAGGGGGAAGUGAACGGGCGCCACCCGCCGACCACGCCCUCUCCUUGCCCGUCGCCUCCCGUCACCCGCAAGCAAGACGGCGCCGCGUCUGCGUCCUCGGCGCAGCCUCCUGCCCCCGCUCGGAAAACGCCUGAGCCGUCGUCUCAGACUCGCGCCCCCUCGCCGCCCGUCACGCGGAAGCAAGAGAGGCAACAGCCCCCCCAGACUCGCCCCGUCAGUCCCCCGAUGACUCGCCGCAGCGACAAACACUCGCACCAUCGCAACUCGUCCUCCGGCUUGGCGGCGCACACUCGCCGUCACGACGCAACGUCUGAGAUGAGCGGCGCCUCUGGAUCUUCCUCCACCGAAGUGCGAGUGACCAAGAACUUCUCCUUGCACGCCUGCGACCAGUGUGGGCGCGCCUUUGCAAAGAAGUUGUACCUGGAGUCUCACAAGCGAAGUCACCGCAACGCGGUGACGGCGGCGGCCAGCAGGGGGAAAGGCGUCAGCACGCGCUCCAAGUCGUUGGUGUGGUGAACAACAACAAGCGCAGUGUAAGAACAUUUCUCCGGACACUUUUGCCUGCACUCCUUCUUCGCUCCUCCAGACGUUAUCCUUUCUUCCACCGCUCCCCCCUCGAGCCCGCCACAUUCACCACACAAAAAAAGUACUUGAGUUUUGUGGCUUAAGAGGCGCGUUUGUGUGCAUGUUUUUUUUUUUUUUCCCCCCCUCUGCUGUGAAGUGCUGAGACGAAACGUCUACCAGCUGUUUUUCCUUUUAUGUUGAUGUGAAAUCGAGCUUUUUGUCUAACCCCUCUUCUUUAUCAUCCAGCGUUCUUCUCCUUCUACACCCUCGCUAGAAGAGUCCGCGGGCACAAUGGACGCCUCAGAAAGUUGAUUUUAAAAUGUGGGAAAGUGGACCAACACCGCAGGUCGUGAAGAAAAAAAAAAGCAUA